GGUGGCGUUGUCCAGGCAACGGGGCCGCUGCCGUCGUAGCAGCAGCCGCAACCAGAGUCGCAGCCACAGCUUGUCUCCUGGACGGAAGCCCGGCCGAGUGCGGGUCCUGCGGCCAUGUCGCUGAGGACGCUGCCGUUGCUCGUCCUCAACCUGGGCGGGGAGAUGCUCUACAUCGUGGACCAGCGGCUGCGCGCGCAAAGCAUCCCGGGAGACAAGGCGCGCCAAGUUAUGAAUGACAUCAUAGGGGGUAUAUUCAAUAAAAAGUUUAUGGACGAGCUGUUUAAGCCACAGGAGCUCUAUUCCAGGAAGGCCCUGAGGACAGUUUUUGAGCGUCUGGUUCAUGCCUCAAUCAUGAGACUGAAUGCACCCAGUAUGGAUAAGCUCUACGAUCUAAUGACCAUGGCAUUCAAGUACCAAGUUCUACUCUGCCCUCGGCCCAAAGACAUUUUACUCAUCACUUUCAACCACCUGGAUGCUAUCAAAGAUUUCAUUUACGAAGCACCCAAAACUCUGGCUCAGGUUGAUGCAACCUUUAGGAAACUCAUUGAUACAUACGGCUCUCUCUCUGCUGGCGAACUUCAGCUCAUCCGGCAGACAUUGCUCAUCUUCUUCCAGGACAUACACAUCAGGGUUUCCAUCCUACUCAAAGAUAAAGUACAGAACUCAAAUGGCCAUUUUGUACUGCCAACCUCUGGUCCAGUUCCCUGGGGAACAGAGGUUCCAGGGCUCAUCAGACUUUUCAACAGUAAAGGGGAUGAGAUUAAGAGGACUGAGUUCGUCAGUGGUGGAAAUUACCACCUUCCAUAUCGAGAAGGCUCAUUCGACCUCUAUGGAGACAGAGUAAUCAAAUUGGGAACAAACAUAUACAGCAUCAGCCGGCCUGUAGAGACAGACAUGUCGGGGGCAGCCAAAAAUUUGGCAUCUCAUGUAAAGGAGACCACUGCUCCAAACCCUCUGGCUAAAGAAGAGCUGAACUUCUUGGCCAGACUCAUGGGAAGCCUGGACAUCAAGAAGCCCCUUGGCAACGAGGCUGGUUUCCGGCUGAAUCUCUUCACCACAGAUGAGGAGGAAGAACAUGCUGCACUGACCCGCCCAGAGGAAUUAUUGUAUCAAGUUAUCAACAUACAAGCAGACAAGGACCCUCAACGGAAUGAGGAGCUGGCUCGCAUCAUGGGAGAGUUCGAUGUCGCAGAAGAACCAAAGGAGAGGAUCAGCAAGGGUGCUGACUUGUUGGCAAUGAUGGAUGAGCUGGAUGCUGAGCAUGAAUGCAAGUCUCUCCCAUCUUGAGGAGGAGAGCACCUGGCAUCAACCUGCUGUAGAACAGAGCAGUUACCAAGGCCAUCCAUUUUUGUUGGGUCAGUAAGGCUGGAUGUUGCUUAGAUGUGUUUGACCAAUUCUGUCUCUGGCUUUGGUGAAAUGGGUGAUGGUCAAAUAGCAGCUUCAUUCCUGUGCUAAUAAGGACCUAGAUUGUGCCUUCCAGGGUUAGAAGCUGGAGCAUCUGGAAAGAAAGUGGGCAUUUAUGUCCUGUGUGCAUACACAGAUUCCCUCUAUAGGCUUCCUAAUCCAAGGUCCAAACUGUGUUAUACCACUAGUUAAGUUUGUGAGUGUGUUAUAAGACAAGCAGAAAGACCAGUUCCUUCAUUUUGUUUAUGGGGACCAAGUUUUCAAUGGUGUUGCAACCAAGGUCUUUUUAGCUGCAGCAAUAAAGACCAGAAACAA